GAGCGACGCUUUGGUCGCUGCUUUUAAGAACAUUUAUUAUUUAUUUAAAACUGAAAUUCCAAGUAAUUUUUGUGGCAGCCAGUGUGCAAGACCUUCGUUUGGUUUUUUAUUAUUAUUUAUUAUUGCUGCUGCCACAAAGCCCCUUGUUGGUGUGUGCGUCGUGAGUGUUUAGAGAGAGUGUGCAAGUGUGCUUGUGUUUCGCCUGUGAAAAAUCGAAGUUAUUGCAUUGCGCAGCCUUUUGCCCCCGCAGUCCUAUAUGCCAAGGAAUUCCAUGCUAAUAAUUGGUCAUUGAGAUACAAGGUUUCCAAAUAAAUCACUGAGAAGAAACCCCAGACAGACGCCAGAUAUACCAGACCCCACAUCAUGGCCGAGGAUACGGAAUACAAGAAGCUGCCGGUGGAGGAGCGAUGCGUACACAAGCUGUGGAAGGCCCGCGUCGAUGGCUACGAGGAGGCAGCCAAGCUCUUCCGCGAGCUUGAUGACGAAAAGUCCCCGGAAUGGUCAAAGUUUGCGGGACUCAUCAAGAAAAUGGUUGUGGACUCGAAUGCUUUGGCCCAGGAGAAGGGUCUCGAGGCGGCACUUAUAUUUGUGGAGAACAGCGGCCUGGCCGGUCGCACUGUCGGCGAUGUGAUGUCAGGCAUUGUCCAGAAAUGCAUUGCCGCACCAAAGACCAAGACCAAGGAGCUCUCUGUGCUGGUCACGCUCAUGUACGUGGAGAUUGAGAAGCAGGAGGCUGUUGUCGAGGAGCUGGUCAAGGGCAUGGACCACAAGAACCCCAAAAUUGUGUCCGCCUGCGUGGCAGCCGUCACCCUGGCUCUGCGUGAGUUUGGCAACAAAGUCGUGGGCGUCAAGCCGCUGAUCAAGAAGCUCGCUCCACUAAUGUCCGACCGCGACAAGGCGGUUCGUGACGAAGGCAAGCAGCUGGCCGUGGAGAUCUAUCGCUGGAUCGGGGCCGCCAUGAAAGCACAGAUUGCCACCCUGCCGCAGGUGACACUCAAAGAGCUGGAAGAUGAAUUUGAGAAGCUCAAGGGGGAGCGUGCAGAGCCCUCCAGAUACCUCAAGUCGCAGCAGGAGAAACAGGCAAAGAUUGCAGAGACGGCAGCCAGCGAGGAUGUGUAUAAUGAAGAGGAUGGCGAUGCUGGGACUGAAGAAAUGGAUCCCAUGGAUCUGCUUGAUCCUGUGGACAUACUCUCCAAGAUGCCCAAGGACUUUUACGACAAACUCGAGGAAAAGAAGUGGACACUCAGGAAGGAGUCACUAGAGGCGCUGGAGAAACUGCUCACCGAUCAUCCCAAGCUGGAGAGCGGCGAGUACGGAACUCUGGUGAAUGCCCUGAGGAAGGUGAUUACCAAGGACUCCAAUGUGGUCCUGGUGGCCCUGGCUGGCAAGUGCCUGGCCAUGUUGGCCAAAGGAUUGGUCAAGCGCUUCUCCAACUAUGCAUCGGGCUGUGUGCCAUCGUUGCUAGAAAAAUUCAAGGAGAAGAAACCCAAUGUGGUGGCUGCCCUACGGGAGGCCAUGGAUGCCAUUUACAUGUCCACAUCGCUGGAGGCCCAGCAGGAGGCCAUUGUGGAGUCGCUGGCUAACAAAAACCCCACAGUCAAGUCUGAGACGGCUCUCUUUUUGGCCCGCGCCCUGUGCCGCACCCAGCCCACGGCCCUGAACAAAAAGCUGCUCAAGCUGAUGGCCACCAAUCUGGUGAAGACCCUCAACGAACCGGAUCCCACAGUGCGCGACAGCAGCGCCGAGGCCCUGGGCACCCUGAUGAAGCUGGUGGGCGAGAAGACGCUGGAGCCACUGCUGGCCGAUGUGGAUCCCCUCAAAAUGAGCAAAAUCAAGGAGGGCUACGAGAAGGCAGAGAUCAAGGUGAAGAUUGUCGGCCCCAAGAAGGAGACGCGUCCAGCCUCUGCCCCGCAAUCCAAGGCGGGUGGAGCAGCCAGACCCACGGCUGGCAGUGGGGCACCCAAGGCAGUGUCACGACCAGCAACAUCUGGAGCACGAAAGUUGGUCAAAAAGAAUCCUGCAGCCGCAGCUGCGUCUUCUGCUGCCGCCUCCAAGGCAGCUCCCGGCAAAGCGCUCGCCACCGAGCGUGAUAUGCCCUCGGAGGAGGUGCAGGCCAAGGCAGAGGAGAUUCUGUCAGCCGAAAUACUCAGCGGAUUGGGGGACUUCAAUUGGAAGACACGCCUGGCUGCCGUGGAGCAGCUGCUGGGCGAGAUACCCAGCUACGAUGCCAAGCAGCCGGGCAUCUCCCAGGUGCUGGUGCGCACCGUCAGUGGCCGCAAGCCCGGCCUGAAGGAGAUGAAUUUCCAAGUGCUCAAACUGAAGCUGGACAUCAUACGCUGCGUCGCAGAGACCUAUCCCCUGACCACCACCACCGUGGAUCAUGUAAUCAACGAGAUCACCGAGAAACUGGCGGAUGCCAAGAACGGACCUGUGGCCGGCGAUGUUCUGUCCGCCUUUGCGGAAGCCACCAAGCUGGAGUACGUUGUGGGUAAGGUCCUGAGCUUUGCCUUUGAACAAAAAUCCCCGAAAGUGCAGUCGGAGUCAUUCAAUUGGGUGGCCAAGGCCAUCACGGAGUUCGGCUUCCAGAUGCAGCCCAAAAUGCUGAUCGAGGACGUGCGCAAGGGCGUGCAGAGCACCAAUCCCACAGUGCGCGGUGCCGCCAUUCUUCUGGUGGGCACCAUGUCCAUGUACAUUGGCCAGGCACUCAUGAUGUUCUUCGACAGCGAGAAGCCCGCUCUGAAAACGCAGAUUCAAUCGGAAUUCGACAAGAAUGUGGGCGAGAAGCCACCGCGUCCAGUGCGUGGAGCACAGCGGGGCAGUGGUGGCGGAGCCAGCACACCGGAUGGCGGCGAUGACGACGACGAGGCUGCCGGCCAGGACGAGGACAUGGCCUGCAACAUGGCGGAUCUGCUGCCACGCGUGGACAUUGCACCACAGAUCACGGAGGCGCUGCUCAAGGAAAUGUCCGACAAGGACUGGAAGAUGCGCAACGAAGGACUCACAAAGCUGCAGGCCAUCAUCUCGGAGGCACGGCUCAUCAAGUCCUCCAUCGGUGACCUGGCCCCCGCUCUGGCCCAUCGCCUCGUGGACUCUAAUGCCAAGAUUGCCCAGACGACGCUCUCCAUCUGCGAGCAGCUGGCAACGGCCAUGGGCUCCGGGUGCCGCAACCACGUGCGCACCCUCUUCCCGGGAUUCCUGCAUGCCCUGGGCCAUGGCAAGGAUUUCGUGCGGGCCGCCGCCCUCAGCUGCAUCAACACGUUCGGCGAGAAGGGCGGCUACAAGGAGUUCUUCGAGAGCGAAAUGAUUGCCGAUGCCUUGAAGGGACCCUCGACGGCCCUCAAGGUGGAGCUGUGGGCGUGGCUGGCUGAUAAGCUGCCUGGGAUUCCGCCCAAAACGAUUUCCAAGGAGGAUCUCCACUCGAUGGUGCCACAGCUGUAUGCCCACAUCUGCGAUCGAACGGCCGAUGUGCGGAAGAACGCCAACGAGGCGGUGCUCGGGGUAAUGAUUCACCUGGGAUUCGAGGCCAUGAACCGGGCGCUCGACAAGCAGAAGCCCGCCUCCAAGGCGGCUAUUCUGGCGUCUCUCGAAAAGGCGCGUCCCAAUCUGCCCGUCAAGCCGCUGCCGAAGGGCAAACAGCAGGCGCCCAUACUUGAGGAUCCCGCCAAGAAGACAGUACGUGGAGGAGGUGCCGCCGGAGGAGCUGGAGCUGGCGCUCAGAAGGCGACCAAUGCCAGGGCCACAGUCGUAGGCGAGAAGGCGGCUACACCAUCGCGCAAGAAGGAGGAGGAUGUGGACACCUCGCCCUUGCUGGCUGUGAAUACGGCCAAGAACCAGCGACUCCUCGACGAGCAGAAGAUGCGUGUCCUCAAGUGGACCUUCACCACGCCACGCGAAGAGUUCAACGAACUGCUGCGCGAACAGAUGACAACGGCGAACGUGAACAAGGCGCUGAUGGCCAACAUGUUCCACGAUGAUUUUCGUUAUCACUUGAAAGUCAUCGAACAGUUGAGCGAUGAUUUGGCCAGCAAUGGCAAGGCUUUGAUCUGCAAUCUGGAUCUGAUACUUAAGUGGCUGACGCUGCGCUUCUACGAUACGAACCCUUCAGUGCUGCUCAAGGGUCUCGACUAUCUGAUGCAGGUCUUCCAGAUGCUCGUCGGCGUGGAGUAUAUCUUGGGGGAGAACGAGGCCGCAAGCUUUGUGCCUCAUUUGCUGCUCAAGAUUGGUGAUCCCAAGGAUACGGUACGCAAUGGCGUGCGUCGCGUCCUGCGACAGGUGUUGUUGGUCCAUCCCUUUGGCAAGAUCUUCCCCUACGUCAUGGAUGGCCUCAAGUCGAAGAAUGCCCGACAGCGCACCGAGUGCCUGGAUGAGCUCACCUUCCUGAUUGACUCGUAUGGCACGUGCAUCUGUUCGAAUGCCUCCAUCAAGGAAAUCUCUCGCCAGAUCUCCGAUCGCGACAACUCUGUGCGCAAUGCGGCCCUCAACUGCAUGGUGCAGGUGUUUUUCCUCACCGGCGAGAAGCUCUACAAGCAGCUCAACCAUCUCAACGAAAAGGAUCUCUCAAUGCUGGAGGAGCGCGUCAAGCGAGCCAAAAAGACCUACAAACCGCCAUCGGCUGCAGCCGCAGAAAUGCCGAGCGGUGGAGGCGCCGCCAAGCUGGCACCGCCUGUACUCCAGCAGCAGGAGAGCAUUGAAAUCGAGGACGCUGUGGUCGGCAAUGGCUAUGGGGAUGAGCUGCCGCCGCCAAGCGACGGCUUGCAGAGAGAAAGCAACCAAAAGGAUAGAAAUGGCACGAAUGUGACGGCCUGUUUGAACUCCCUGACUCGACAGGCAACCUUCGACCAGGCACCGUCCUCACAGCUGCUCCAAUUGCAGCAGCAACUGCAACAGCUGCAGCAGCAGGCCCAGCAACAGAGGCCCAGUGGACCCUUUGGCUUGGACUCGCAAGUCAUAGCAGACAUCGAAAAGGAUUGGGUUCGUGUGGAUCAAAUGGUAUUUAAGCAGAUACCCUCAGUGGACAUAUCGCUUCUGUACGAGCCCAUUAAGGUGAUACCCACACGUGGAGGCGUCCAGUAUCCGCAGGAUAAAUUCGAUCGCCUCAUCUCGCGUCAGCACUACAUGCAACAGACUCUCACAACGCCCCCCUCAGCCAAUGCCAGCGUGGCCAGCGGCAUCUCGCCCUACCGCAGUCCCCCGCGCAAUCAGCAGCAGUACCAGCAACACAUGGACAACCAUAUUCCCAAUCUGGCUGAUGUCCUUCCCAAGCAUGACCCACAGCUGGUGAAGGUGAUCAAGGCUGUCAGCAGCACGGACACCAUGAAGGCUCGUGCGGCCAUCAACGAGCUGGCGGCCAUCAUUGAGUCGCCCGAGAAGCAGGCCGUGCUGCGCGACUACGAAGAAAUAUUCAUACAAAAUGUGCUGGCACAGUUGAAGAAUCUUUCCCAGCUGCCCACGGCACAGUCUUUGGUGGUUUACCAGCCGCUUUUGUCCAUUUUGUAUACGUUUUUCCAUGCCAACAUUCUGGGCAAAACGCUGAGCGUGGCCUGCAUCAAGAAUCUCAUGUCUGCGCUGCUCCACUUGAUGGCCGAUCCCAAGUUGACCAACGGCGAGGACAGCCAGUACAACAAGGUGAUCAAUGGCAUCUGUCUGAAAGUGCUGGACAAGGUUAAUUUCACGAAUUUAAAUUGUGCCCUAAUCCGUUUGCUGCGUGAAACUUGCCCGGUGGCAGGACUGCCCAAAUUCACGGAUCUGCUGAUGAAAUGCAUUUGGCGAAACGUUAAGAUGCUGCCGGAGCGCACCAAUGAGCUGAACUACGAUGCCGUGAUAUUGGAGGCGCAUGAAUUCAUGCUGGCACUGCCCAGCACCUGGUGGCAGACACGGCCAUCGGACACACCUUUGCGCACAGUCAAGACGAUUGUCCACAACAUGGCCAAGGUGAAGGGAAAUGCCAUACUGCAGCAUCUCAAUCAGAUACCGACACACUCGGAGUUGCACACGUAUUUGAUACGCAUCCUGAAGAAUUUCCAAAAAGAUGGCUCUUCGGCAGGGACGGGUGCCUCGCCACAAAGAGCCAAGGAGAUUGCCUCGAAGCGUAUCUCGCAUCAGACCCAUGACACAGUAUCGCAAAUCUUCAAGCUUAUCUCCGACAGAGAGACCAAGCAGCAGGGACUGCAGAAGCUAUACGAUUUUAAGCAACAAAAUCCAGACAUAGAUUUGAGCACCUUCCUGCAGGGGUCCAGUGUCACUUUCCACAAGUACAUCGAGGAGGGUCUGGCGGAGAUUGAGCGCAGCCAGAAGGGAGUGUCCGGCUCCGCUGGACAGGCGCCGGACAAUCGCAUGGCAGCUGCUACACGUUCUUAUCUCACAGAUGCCAACAACCAUCAGAAUCAGAAUGCUGGCACUGAGCAUGAUGCCGACUUCUGGAUGGACCGACUGCAGUAUUUGAUGGGCGGUGGUGUCGGUGUCGGUGGGAAAAUGAUGUCCACACGCCAUACGGCUGACGAUGGCUCGCGCAUGAUGAUGGACAAUAAGGUGGCCGAUGAGAAUCUCUGCUUGAGCUCGAUGAACUCCCAGAAGGGUUCGCUUUUCCGCAGAGAGGUGACUUGGGGCGGAUGUUCAGUAUUAUGGAGUAUUCUUUAAUUAAUAUAAAAAAUUUUUUCAGAAACCCGAUGAUGUCUCGCCGAAUCGCUUGCAGCAUAUCCAGGCCAAGCUGGCGCAGAUCAAGAAGGAGAGUCAUGCCCAGUAGGACUCUACAGAUAAACAGCUAUAGAAGACACAGAGAGAGAGAUUGAGAGAAAAGAGAAGAUGAUGUCGUGAUGGACGCUUGUCUUCAACUAAAUGAAUCAUUUAUUAUUUAACAUUAGUUAUAGUCUGCUUAUGCACACACCCGAUAUACACAUAUAUAUAUUCACA